AUGGCGACAACCCGUUCCAUGGUGUGCGUUUGCAGAGCAUUUGCUUCUGCUCGGCCUCGGCCCAUUAAACUCACUGGUGAUAAGUUUGGUUCAAUUCAACGCACCGACAUUCCGGUUGAGCGACUAACCCGCCCGAAAGAUGUCGACUUUGAAAGAGCGGAACCGGCUCAGAAGAUGAAGGAACUAAGCAUACCAGUUGCCCUUUCCAAAAAGAAACGUGAACAGCUUGAGAGGUUGCAGUCAAAAGAACCUAUUCCACCUGGCCACAUGUGCUUUAUAGAAUGUUCCCGACCAGAAUUCAACCUUCUGGAGUCCAGACCCGACCUUCGCACACCACUAUGUAGCCAGUUUUGGGAGAAAAGUAAGUACAAGGAUGAGUGGUUCGUAAUAAGAAGGAAGACGAAGGAAUCACCGAGUCAAUUCACUCAUUGGGAAAACGCAUGGGAACACUAUGUUCCCGAUCGCCUAGAUCCGUUAGUGAGGGAAACCCUAGGAGAACUGAGGUUGAAGACUCCCACUUUGAUCCAGACCCAAUGCUUACAAGUCUUCCCCUCUCACUAUCACCUCUUCAUAGCUGCGGAAACUGGUUCUGGAAAAACAAUUGCCUAUUUAGCUCCACUAUUUACCAGAUUAUUGAAGCAAAAGCGGAAAGGUGUGAAGGAAAGAGCUGUUGUUCUUACUGUUACCUCACCUCUAAAGGAACAGAUAUUUUCGGUAGCAUCGAAAUUUGCAUCGAAAACGGGUCUCAUUGUUUCGACGACCAGCUCAAAGGAAAGCUGUUCU